CUAGCCUUCGUGAGCCCGAAAACCCAUCAUCGAUCAAGAGAUAUCGCCAUCAUGCUUUCAACUACGAGAAUAACACUGCUCGCCACAUUCGCCCUAGCCACGACUUCCUAUGCUGGAACGAUGCAGGUGCGAGACACUGCGCCAGCCUUCGUAUGCCCGUCCGCAGAUAUCACGGCGACGAAAUGCUUGGGACCGAAAGAUUGCCUAUACCCGAACCCGAAGACAUGCAAUGGAUACAUUCAAUGCUCGCCAGCGGACGCUUCUUAUACGACGGGAAUCGUCCACGAGAUGCCAUGUCCCAGCGGCCUCCAGUGGAAUGACAAUCAGAAGUGGUGUGAUUGGCCUGAGAACUCGACUUGUGGGAACACGGGCGGUACGAUCUAUCGAUGCGACGAAACAGGAUGCGACAACGUGUAAAUAUCACGGAUAGGCAGCUUCGAAAGUCGAGCAGAUUCGCCCGAGAGCUGUAGAAGAAAAUCAGCACAUCUUCACCAGUCCAAAUUCAUCUUCAACAACAACCCCGAG